AGUGGAUUUAGAACAAGAAACUUCACAAACAUGUUUUGAGGAGCUCUGAGACUUAUUUAAACUGGUUGAAGAGGAGGAGAAUAUGUGACCUUUAGAGCGAUGAUACCCUUAUUAGUAAAGAGUCUUUCUAUAUCACUAACAACAUGUUUUAAACUCUUAUUUAUUUUGUUAUAUUCACGUAAAAUAACUAAUUGAACAGCUUUUGUGAUAAAAAGAAUGAUGAAGGGUGUUUCUUGAAAAAGCACAAAUCUUCAGAAAAGCACAAAUCUGUGGACCAAAGAGAGUUAAAAUAAGACUUAAGAACAAAGUGCAGAUAUUGUUUGACUGAGGUCAGUAAGCUAGCUUAGCACUGUAUUUAACAUCGCUGCGUGACUGGUCAGUGUUUUCUCAGGGACUGCAACACAGCCUAGUAUUUACAGCUAAAACAGAAACAAAAAGACUAGCUGCCAUACUUACCCAUGUGUCAUGUGACUGUUUUGUACGUGUCUGAAUUAUGAGUUUCAAAAACAUUCCAGCAAGUUUACCGAAGCUCAACAUGUCUGUGUUUCCUGUGACUGAGCAUGCAAUGAGAUGUUUUUCUGGAGGUCAAAGAGGUGGAUCAUCUUUUCAAGUCUGCACUUCACAGCACUAACUGCCUGAGCUUUUUGCCGCCUGCAAGUUUGCCUAAAAGUGAAUUUGCUUUCUGUGUUUACCAGUUAAAGUAUUUUUAUAUUCUGAGAAAGAAAAAAAAAAAGGUCAAAAUGUAAAAAUGUCAUGAAUCCUGCAAAUGAAGAAAAAGCUUUAAUACCUGUCUGAAAUUAAAUAAAAAGGUAUGUCAUUGCCUAAGUGCAGCAGUUAAAUGUUGUGAUUUCUGUGCGUAAAGGUGUUACACCUUUGUGUCGCUAAGUGGAAAUUUCCGCCCAAAUAACAGGGAGUUUGAAGUCCCAAACAUGCCAACCAGAAGUUUGAGAUGUGAUUAUGACAACAAAGAAUAACAAACAUCCUCGGGCAGGCAGCACAAGCAGACCUCAGGCAUGGACUUCAACGGCACUUGGAAAGUUUAUUAUGAAGAAAACGUCGAGGAUUUCUUGAGAGUGAUUGGUGCACCUGCGAUCGCAGUGAAAAUGCGGAAGGACAACAAGCCGGUGAUCGUGAUCGAGCAGAAGGGCGAAGACUUCACCUGCACGAUAAAGACUCCCGUCAUCACCAAAGUCCACUCGUUCACCAUCGGGAAGGAGACGGAGAUGACGGCAGUGGACGGCAGGAAGUUUAAGUGCACCGUCAGAGAGGAGGAUGGGAAGAUGAUCACUGAGACGGAGAAGUUCACCUCUGUCCGAGAGAUCAUCGGUAAUGAGAUGAUUGAGACCAUGACUGCCGGCUCGGUGACUUUCAUCAGCAAAAGCAAACGGGUCUGAUCGACUUCCUCGGCUUCAAGACAGAAUCCAACUCAAAAUAACAUUAUCAAAGUCUUCAUACAAGAAUAAAUUCAUUUGAAUGAA